UCUUGAAGCUUAGGGAGAGAGGGAGGGGACUAGGAGGAGCGGGGGUGGAGAGAGAACGGAGGAGGGAGGGGGGCGGGGCAAAGAGAGACAGAGAGAGGAACAUGGCGAAAACAGCACACCACGAGCGAGACAAGGCAAGGCAAAACAGAACAAACCCAAAAAAAUUUCCCGUACAUGACGCAUGCCAGGGGGGAGAACGAGUGCCUUGUCGUUUCUUCCCCUCUCCCCCGUGACUAACCUCCCUCCCCUCCCCUCCCUCUCCUCUCCGGCAGGCGGGUCGGGCGAUCGGUGUGACGACGGGGAUAGCAUCCAUUCGUACGUGGGCACAACAGCACGGCGUAAGGAAGGAAAGGGAAAGGAGGGGGAGGGGCUUCGUGUCUCUCCUCUCUCUCUACAUGUCGCCUCGGUUCAUAGUCUCCAUAGUUUGUCGUUGUUGGUGGUGUUAUGCGUCCUUGUUUUCUACGUCUCCCUCCCCCUCUCUCUCCUGUCUCCUACAAACACACACACACACACACACACACACACCGACCGUUCCCAGUACCUCCCCUCCACAUUUUCCGUCUCUUUUCUCUCUCUCCCUCUCCUCUCCUCUCCUCUCCACGCGAAGAAAGUAAAGCAAAUCAAACCAAAAAAAAAAAACCCCUCCCGAACGUGCGGACGAACGAAACGAAACGAAACGACACGACAUGGAUCAUUCCCCCCCGGCCCCGUAUUGAUUUACCUACCUAUAUAGAAGAGCACCCACUACCACACCUGCUGCCGCCGCCAUGAUGCUUACUUGCGUAGGACUCCCGAGAUCCGCUCGUCGUCGUCACGUAAGGGCCAGCUCUCUCGUGCGGGGCCGCGGUUCUGGAUGGUAUCAUGUAUAAAUAAUCUAUGGAUAUCGUAAAAGUGCUAUGUAUAUAUGUAUGUGUGUAUAUAUGUAUAUAUAUAUACUGUGUAUC